GAAAACACAUGUUACUGUUUUAAUGUAGGCUGCUGGUGUUAGAUCAGCUGUCACUGGGCUAUAAACAGAAGUGUCAGGGGUUUUUUUGUCAGCAACACAGGAAACAGAUUCGCCCUGAAUUUUAUUAUUAGUUAUUUUUUGGGAAGUGUUGCAUUGCUGGACUUUAUCGGUGAACUUCUUCUACUCACCAGCACCUUUAUUUCUUCUUGAGGACCAUAUAAAGUGUCACUCAGCCAGAUUACUAGUUAGUUAAAUGCAUGAAAACAAACAUUUUAAAAGUGUAUAUAGGAUUAUAGCUGUAAAUCAUCAUAUAUUGGACUCAUUCCAAGGUACACUGUGAUACUGAUGUGGAACAUGGAGUGAGCAGAACAGAUGGACUGGGAUGACCUAGAGGGCACUGUGUCACACCUCACAUUAGAACAGUGCAGAAGAGGUGAAACUCUGGUGUAGUGCAGGGCAGAGAGAGCCUCCAGAGAUCCUAACAACGCCUUUGCCUAAAGCUGUUUGGGGGAACCAGUAUCUGCUGUUCAUAUCUGCAGGGGAGUUUUUCCAGAGAACAUCCCAACACUCACGGUUCCGCCUUCCUCUCCUCGGUGGGACCUGCAGGGUGAGUUAGCUGCUGUCAGCCGGUUAGGUAACUUCACUGCUGGAGUCAACUGCACCAAGCUGCCCGGAGUCAUUUGGCAACUCAGAGUCUCUGGAUUGCAGCAUCAAGUGCCCUCCCUACAAAAAGCCAACGCCAGUGUUUGCGAGCCAAGCGGCACUACCUGCCUUUCCAGACGGUGGUGGAGCUCGGACCGGAGAAGAGACCGAGGCUGUGGAGAAAGCAUGGCUACUGAUGGGGAGCCCACGUUCAGUGUGAAGCUGCUGCAGCUGCUGCUGCUUUCCACCUACUGGGGAAUGCAGAUUUGGGUCACCUUCAUUUCAAGCUUCGUGAUGGACAACCACCUGAACAGGCACACUUACGGCUUCAUUCAGAGUCGCCUGGUCCCGUUCUACCUCCACCUGGGUUCCGCCUGUGCCUUCUUUAACCUCACUAUCUUCGCCGUUUAUCAUCCCAGCGACGUGAUGAGUGACAGAGAAGCCUUUCAGAUCUUCAUCUUCUUCGUGUCGGUGACGGUCGCGGCCGUCAACGCUCAGUGGUUCGGCCAGAUGACGUCAGAAAUCAUGGCAGACAUGCACCUCAUUGAGCAGGCGUGCGGGCUGGGUCAGGACAUUGGCCUGUCAUCUAACCGCGAGGCUUACGCCAAGCUGUGCGAGACCGAUGUGAAAUACAGACACCUCAGCAACCGCCUGUGGCUGUACAGACUGCUGUCCUCUCUGUGUAACCUCUGCUGCAUAGGCUGCAACUUCCACAGUCUCUGUUACAUGGCCGAGAACCUUGUCACACUGUAAAACAUCACGCCCCUAUGAAUCUAGAAACACUUGUCUUUUUGUAUCGAAGCAGUAAGUUAUAUAUUUAAUUCAUUAUGUCUUUCUUCCUCUGCGUGCCUGUUAGGGAUGAGAUGAAAUGUCAGGUAAGCCUUGUUCUUCUUGGGAAAUAAUGAAAGAUUUUUGCAGCCUCACUCAGUGACAUUCAAGCCUUGUGUCUCUCCUGAAGGUUGUAGAGAGAUGAAUCAGUGACUGCAAUGAGUAAUACCUCACCUUUCACCUAGUGUGGCUGGCAGUAGCGGAAGCCUUACAUUUUCCCUUCACUAGUAUCUUUACCAUCACACUAUGGUACCCUACGGUUACCUAAAAUGGGUGGAAUGUUUUUACAAUAAUUUUUUUAUAGCAGAAAAUAGGCCAAUAAAAUGCACCGGUUUACCAUAUAUCUCUAAAAACAAAUGGCACCUUGUAGUGAGGGAACUGCUCAUGGGCAUCUCACUCUCACAUUUCAGGUUUGGGUGUAGUUUUAAUACCUUCUUCCUAUUGUAUCGUGCCAGGUUUGUUUAGCUUACCUCACCAAGCAGCGUGCUUCACAUUUCAAAGUGAACAUUUGUGCUAUCUUUAACGCUCCUUUCGCUGCUGGUAUGGAAACGGAAGGGUUCCAACACUUACAGUCAGCGCUGCUUUUAGCUCGUCCAAAACACUUUUGCACUAGCGACUUUAUUUAGCCUUAAGGUUUGAUGUUGCACUGCAGGUUGGUCUAGUUGUGGGAGUCGUUGAAGUAGUUGACCUUUGCUCUAUUCCCAUGAUUGUCUGUGUGCGUUGUUGUAUAAGACGCUGCAGCUGUUCUGUAGGUGAAUCCGUGGUGACGACAGGGAUCAGAAUUACCAGUUUUGCAAGCAGCACUGAUGGCUGUAAUGACCUGCUGGAUGAUGCAGUGAUGCAUGAAAAUAGUUUGGGGCCAUGCUUUCUGGGAUGGUUGAAAGUGUUGUUGAGAUUUGCUGAGUUGAUGUGGGUCUAUAUAGACUAAAAGUCCACAGUAAUAUUAACCCUAUUCAGGACUUUUGGGGUCUUAGGGACCCCAGGCCAUUUGGUUUAG